AUGAGCGAGCAAGACGCGCUGCAGGCGGCCAACAGCCUUCCCGGCGAGACGGCGAAUGUUGCCCCGGACAUCCACUCCUUCUCCCAGCUCCCUUUCAUGCGGCCCAAGCCGCCGCCGGCGACAGAGGCAGGUGGGUCGAGCCCCACGUCUUCCAUCCGUCUCUUCGGCUUCGACUUCCCGCCCGACGGGGCGGCGUCCUCCGUCACCAACGGCGAUGCUGCCGCCGACAGCACUACUUCUCCCGGCCAGACGGUCGCGGCGGUGUCGGUCUGUGCAAGUGGCGGCGGCAGUCGCAAGUUCGAGUGCCACUACUGCUGCCGGAACUUCCCGACGUCGCAGGCGCUCGGGGGGCACCAGAACGCGCACAAGAGGGAGCGGCAGCAUGCCAAGCGCGCCCAGUUCCAGAGCGCCAUGGCCAUGCAGGGCCACUACCCCGCCCACGCGUACCCGGCCUUCGGCAGCGGCUACCACCAUCACCACCGCUUCCUCGCCGCGCCGGCGCACAUGGCCCGCUACGAGCCGCCACCGCACUACCCCUCUUGGUCCAACCACCACAUCGCGCCCACCGGGCCAGCCGCGGUGCCCAGUUACUACGGCGGCAGCGGUCCCGGCUCCGUGUCCCAGCCGAUCAACGGCAGCCCGGUGCCAGCGGCCGCGCUCUGGCGGGUCCCGGGCGUCAGCGUGACGGCACCGGUGCCGCGGCAAGAACGGCCAACGCCCUUGACUCAUGCCCGACGUGAUGAGAUGGCUGUGGCGUGGGAAAGAAGAGGACAAGCUGGCUCGGCGUCAUCGGCGUCAUCAGCGUCGUCGUCUUCGCAGCAUGAAGCUGUACGCCACGGGGGAGACGCCGCCGACAACAGAGCAAACGUGAGCUUGGAUCUCACCUUGUAAUCCAAUCUCGAACCACUACGGGGUGGUACGUACGGUUAAUUAGUGGGUUCAUGCAGAGAUUAAGAUCCAAGGUUAAUCCUUUUUCUCUAGUUCGUGAAUUUGUUUAGCUCGAUCGAUCAGUGGAGAGAUUUUUUUUUCUUCGGUGCCCAUUUUUGCAGUGUUUUCUCGUCGUUCAGCAGCAGCACUACUCAUUCAUCUUCUUCUCGCAUGGCUUUAGAUUGCUUUGUAAGAAAAAAAAAA